UGGCUACGGCGCCCCCAACACCAGGGCUCCCCCCAUCUCCCCCCGACAACAGUCCGUCCCGCUUCCAGCUGCUGCAGCCGCGCCUUCACCGCCUCGGCAUCCAGCCGCCCCCUGCUCCGGCCCAGCAUGGCGACCCCGACCCAGGUCCCUACAAAGGGAAAUGAGUCCCUGCUUGCAAUAGACCUCCACAGAGGGCUAGCACCAGGACUGCCGUGUACCGUUAGAAAUCGUUGGACCAGUGGCCCCAUCAGGAUCCUCAAAAAUGUUAAGAAGCCCAGUGUUGAAAUAUUUUUCCUCUCUCUCUUUCUCUGCCUUCUUCCCACAGUUCCUCAGGAACCUGACCCAUUUUACUAUGACUAUGACACUGUGCAGACUGUGGGCAUGACUCUGGCUACCAUAUUGUUCCUGCUGGGCAUCCUCAUCAUCAUCAGCAAGAAGGUGAAGUGCAGGAAGGCGGGCUCCAGGUCUGAGAGCCCAACAUGCAAAUCCUGUAAGUCGGAGCUUCCCUCCUCAGCCCCUGGAGGUGGCGGCGUGUAGAACCAGCCCUGGGCACCUCCACUGCUGUCCCUGCCUGAGUGCGGGAGCCUGAGGACCGGGUGGAGGCGGAGGGGACCCCAGCCUUGCCCCGGGAGCGCCCCCCUGAACGAGCUGCCCCACCCACUCCAAGGCUGGAGCCGCUGCACCUCCCCAGGCCUUGGCAAUUACGACCCCCCCAAAGAGCGCGUCUGCACCCCAGAUCCAGGAACUCAGGCCUCCAGCUCCUGGGGUCCGGGAGUCCACCUGCAGCCCCCACAAUCCCUGUGUGCGGCUCCCCCACACCUCCGUCUUCCCCUGCACCCUCGGCGUCUAUGUCUUGAGCUUAAUAAAUGUGCAUUUGGUUUUUC